AUGCCGGGUAUGACAAACUGGUUCCACAGGCAUGGGUGGCAGUUCCUCGGACUGCCUGCGUCGUCACUCGUGCACGGUGGGAAGGGAGGAGUGGCCAUCUUAGCCAGAGAACCUUUCACCCUCUCGAAAACUCACCAGGCCACUCUGGAGCAAGGUCAAGUAUUGGGGGCCACGCUGCACGGCGCUUCGGUGCCGCUCAGCCUGUUGGUGUCUUACAGACGGCCGGGCCCCGGUUUGGAGUCCCUGCCUGAGAUAGUUGAGUUUACGCGCCACGCUGGCGACCGGCCUUGGUGCUUAGGUGGCGACUUCAACAUGAACCCGCAUGCAGGGGCCCUUCCGGAAGCCAUGCUUGGCAUCGGGGCCAGGUUGGUUGCUACUAGCGGCCACCUCACAAGUAGUACUCCCACCGACUCUGUGUGGGUCUCUGGAAGUCUCUCCACCAGCAACAUAGGUACGGUUGCCCCUCUUUCUGACCACUUCGGUACUUUCUUUUCCCUUCAGGUGCAACAGGCACGCAACAACGCCAUGGCCUGGGAGUUUAGGAAGCCUAAGCGAGUUCUGGACCCAGAGGCUGACUAUACCGAGGACACCAAGGUGAGUUGGAGGAAGCAUGCCCUCCCUCAACAGGACUGGGACAGUCUACGGUCGGACAACAACGUGUCUAAACUGUGGGACUCCUGGUCUAGCAGUGCCGAGGCGUGCCUCACUGAAGUUGGCUACUUUAGGAACGACACCAGGGCACACCGGAGGGGAGAAAUCCCUCAAGUCCAGAGCGGCGCUGGCCGAAUGGCCGAAGGUCAGGACGUGACAGAGCGCCAGCUUAGGAGGGCCUUGCGCAGACUCCACGAGGCCCGAGGCAACGUCCUUCAGGGCCGUCCUACCUCCCAAAACCUCACGCGAAACAUAGAGCGUGACGCUCGCCGUUUUGAGUUUGAGAGAGAAGCCCGCAACCGUCAGUGGUGGCCGGCCAUUGACAAGCUGACGGGGCUUCUGAACCAGUUUCUUAAUGACCAGCAGUCGGCGCGUGCUAAGGCUUGGAAGCUCAGGGUCCGCGACUACUCUGCCGCUGUCAGGUGGACCAAGGAACUAGGUCGGCCCCCGUGGCUCCUGCGCUGCAAGGACGGCUCGGUGUGCUCGGGCCGCAGUAACGGUGCCCGUGCCCUCAAAAAGGACUGGCAGUCGGUGUUUUACGGAGACCGCCACUACAUGCCAGACACUCAGCUUUACCUGGACAGGUACGGGGAGUGGUUCCCUCAGAGGCCCACUCAGCAGGCUCUGGCUCUGUGCCCAGAGAAGCUCCGCAAGGCAGUUAAGGAAAUGAAACACAAGGCGGCGGGCCCAGACAACUGGGAGGCGCGCUCUCUCCUGCAGCUCCCGGAUCCCGCUUGGGAACGUUUAGGACAGCUUCUUCAGUGUGUUGAGCACACAGGCCAUUGGCCUCCGGGCCUUCGGGCUUGGCGACUGUGCUUCAUCUCUAAGGACUCGAGUACUGGUUUCACAGAGACAUUGAAGACCCGACCAAUUUCGGUCGGAAGCAUUGUCUACAGAGCCUGGGCACGAGUUCGCUUCCAGGAAGCAGUGAAACACCUCCCCCGGGACACGCUGGGUGUGAUGCAGUGCGGCGGCCUGAAAGGCCACGACCCGGAGACCCUCCUGCUGGCCUUCAGUGAAGAGACGUCUCCCACGACGCACGCUUACGGGUGCUCCCUCGACUUUCAGAAAGCUUUCGACUCUAUGGGCUGGAAAACAGCUUGGAUGUUGCUGCAACGGUGCGGCAUCGCUGCUGGCACCCUGAGGGCCCUUCGCGGUAUGUGGUCUGGUCACACUCGUUGGGUUUCUUGUGGCAACCACGUGGAUCCAGAACCGUUCACCGAAGUCCCCGCGCUCCUGCAGGGGGAUUCGUGGGCCCCCUUAGCUAUGGCCCUGGUGCUUAGCGGCCCACACAAGAAGAACUGCAGAGAGCACCCGCGUUCUUGCCAGACUUUAUUCCUUGACGACCGCGCAGCCCUGCACACGUGCCUCGCUGACCUUCGAGGAUGGCAAAGCUCCUGGCAAGAAUUUGAGCGUCUCGGGAGACUUAAGACUCACCCAGGUAAGACUCAGAUCUGGGGUAGGACUGCGGCAGCUCGUCGUGUUCUUGCAGAUGCGGGGUAUGAGGCUUCAGACACGAUCACUGCUCUGGGAGCUACGCUAGGGCCAGCGCAGCGGCCUCUGUCAGCAGCUGAGUUGCAACGGCAGGCCACCUGUAAAUCUAGGGCCUUCAGGGUCGGUCUCCUUCCGUGUGGCGUGGCCAUGAAGCAGCGAAUCGCGGCCACUGUACUCACGCCCAUGUUCUCGUGGGCCUCGGGGGUCUGCGGCCGUUGGCCCACUUGUCAGGACCAGCGUGUUCUAAGGUCGCUGUACUGCAGGGCACUGCGCGGGCCUUACCUCUCCUUCGGUCGUGCAGCUCCGGGACUCCGCAAUGUCCUCAGCUACGGGCAUGGUUCUGAUGCCUCUCUGUGCGCCUUGGUCAGGGUUCUAAGAGCCGUUCAGCGCUGGAUGACCCAGCGCGCGAGAGACGGAAAGGUGGUCACUUGGUCUGCUGCGACGCGUGCCAAGGCUCAAAGGGUGCUCUCAAAGUGGGGAGCCUGGCGGGCAACUGCCCUUGCGGUGACGAAGGGUCGGGUGCAGUUCAGCCUGUCGACUCCAGGCCCUGCAGCAGACAAAGCUCUCCACGAGCUUAGGACAGACUGGCGAUGCUCCCAGUUUAGUGCCUGGAAGGGCGCCGACAGAAUAGACUCAGGCGUCGCACGCCGUAUCGGCCUCAGGAUCACACCUAGACUGAUUCAACAGCUGCGGGCUGCCACGAGGAACUGCACAGGGUACGAACUGGGCAUCCUCACAGGUGGCUUCAAAAGCCCCGCUGUCGAUUUCAGUAAUGCUGGUAACAUCUUGCAGGCUUGUCCGUUUUGUCAGCUCCACCAAGUUCCGACACUAGAGCACGUUUUGUGGCACUGUAGUCACUUCAACGACCUCCGCCAGGAAUCUAUUCUGAAGCCUGCCUGCCCCUUGGGGCACAGGUUAGGAUGGAACAGCCAGGGCGUCUUGCCCUGCCUGGGGCAGAUGGGGAAGAUCCGUGAACGCAUCUGUCGGCUCACCAAGAGUCAGUGGCAGAGGCAAGGGGUGGGCUAA